GUCAUUUCUCAAAACGGCAGCAUUAAAUUUGGUCGCCGCCCUAUUAUGGCGGCCGUGUUAAAGUCUUCACAGCGUUUGGUCGAACGAACGAGUUAUAUUAAAUCGGCUCCUUCAAAGGAAUUAGUACGAACCAGUAAAAAGUCGUUUUGGCAGAUUUUCCGUGACAAAAAAACCGUACAGACGACCGAAAAGGAUUCCACAGACUGUGAGAAAGUCAUAAGUAUUCCAGAUGACCAGGUCGUAAAAGAUAUGACCGAAAUAGCCAAGCUGGGCGGGCGCGUUUACAAAACUUGCGGCACAGCGUACAUCUUACAGAAAAACUUCACGUCGCCGCAGGAAGUCGAAAUCGACCCUGAAGACGCGUUGAUCGAAAAGAUCGAGAAGCAUCCGUCGUUGAAAGACGAGACGGAUCCGAUGCCUCCAUUCGAGAGCGUCGAGAAACGGCUCAUUGAUUUGAGCGAAAGGAAGUUGCACCCUCUCUUCAAAAUGUUGAUGUCCAUUCCGAAGAAACCAGCGACGCGUGAUCCAGUGACGCCUAACGUCUCGUAUAAAACCAGGAGCGGCACGAUUUUGCCCGAAGAGAUACCCGAACGUCUAAAGAUCGAUAAGGGUUUUUUCGAGAAGAAGAAUAUGUUUUGGGAAUGCAAGAGGGUGGAGCCGCCUCAACAGCUCAUCGCCAGGAUCGCGGAAAUCAAACAGAACGAGCUUCCUACGAUGGAAAACUUAUCGACGAUGGUUAAAAGGGAGCAGAAGCACCAAAAUGAGGAGAAUUAGCAAUUAUCUCCAUUGGUGCGGAGGGCGACCUUAAAACGACACCUUGGGGGUACCGCAGCCGAACCCGGUUUCACUUUUGUUAUUAAUACCACGC